AUGGUCGCGGCUCCAUUGUUGCGCUUCCCCCAGGGGAUGCGCUGUAUGAGCUCCAACUUGUAUAAAAGGCAAACCAAUAUUGCGAGCAAAAAUACGUGCUCCUCACUCAAGGGUCUCCGGUCCAACUACACGCAUCUCCGAGACUUCUCGACGACUCCUGCAACAUGGCAGACCGAAACUUUGGAUCGAACCCGAAAUAUUGGCAUUAUCGCCCAUAUCGAUGCUGGCAAGACCACCACCACCGAACGCAUGUUAUUCUACAGCGGCUUCACUAGGCGUAUCGGUGAUGUGGACGAAGGGUCAACAGUAACUGAUUUUCUUCCAGCUGAGCGUGCGCGUGGUAUUACCAUUCAAUCGGCUGCCAUCACCUUCCAUUGGCCUCCUGGAGAGGUAGAUGGAUCAACACUUCAGCAAACUGGGGCCGAUGGUGCACCAAUUCCGCGCUCUGCAUCUCCGCACACUAUAAAUCUGAUUGAUACCCCUGGCCAUGCAGACUUCACGUUUGAAGUCAUGCGCUCUCUACGCAUUCUCGAUGGUGCAGUCUGCAUCUUGGAUGGUGUCGCUGGUAUUGAGGCGCAGACAGAGCAGGUCUGGAACCAGGCAAGCACGUAUAAAAUUCCUCGAGUCAUCUAUGUCAACAAGCUCGACCGUGAUGGAGCCGCUUUUGGUCGCACGGUGCGAGAAGUCAGCUCUCGCUUGGGUGUCUAUCCGGCAGUGUGCCAAAUCCCAUGGUUCCAGGGUGGCAAUGGUCCAUUUGUCGGAGUAGCAGAUGCAAUUCACCUCCAGGGACUGAGAUGGAAGGAAGGGGAGGAUGGCCGUGCUGUGAAGAUGGCUGAUCUUCAACAGCUCGAGGCCGAUGAGCCGUCUUUGGCACAAGAAUUGCGGCGUGCACGCAUUGCAUUGGUUGAAUUGCUCAGCGAGCAGGAUGAGGCCAUUGUAGAGAAGUUCUUCGAAUGCGAUGAAGAUCAUCUUGCAGUUUCGUCAGCUGAUAUCAUCGAGAGUCUGCGCCGCUGUGUGUUGGAUCAGAGCAGCCGGAUCGUUCCCCUCUUUGCAGGUGCCAGUUUCCGGAACAUGGGAGUCCAGCCGUUGUUGGAUUCUAUCGUGAACCUUCUGCCCAGUCCACCGGAAGCCCCAGACCCAGAGGUCAGCAUAGGCGGCGUCAAGGGUGGUCUGCGGAGACUAUUGUCUGGAGACCUGAUCGUUGAGCAGAGUGAGCAGGCCGCUGUGCCAUCCAAAGGCAAGCAACACAAGAAGAAGAAAUCAGCAUUGCAAUCCGACUCCAAGGAUGCAAUCUCUAAACUUCAAAGCUGCGCAUUGGCAUUCAAGGUGGUCAACGAUCCGAAGCGCGGAGUUCUGGUCUAUGUGCGAGUGUAUUCCGGCUCAUUAGACCGCAACAGCCUACUCUUCAACACAAACCUGCAUCUAUCUGAGCGUGCUCCACGUCUACUCAAGAUGUAUGCCAACGAUGCGGUGGAAGUGGACUCGAUUCCCGCUGGGCACAUUGGAGUGGUAGUCGGACUCAAACAAACCCGAACUGGUGAUACCCUCGUAUCAUACGCAGGAAACAAAGCCACGCCCCCAGAGCCACUCACCAGUCUCCAGCUGCGACCAAUUGCAGUCCCACCACCAGUAUUCUUCACCAGCGUUGAACCUCACAGCCUAAGUGAAGAAAAGCGAAUGCAAGAAUCUCUAGCACUCCUCCUACGUGAAGACCCCAGUCUGCACGUUACCAUGGAUGAAGAAUCAGGCCAGACCCUCCUCAGCGGCAUGGGAGAACUGCAUCUCGAGAUCGCGCGCGAUCGAUUGAUUAACGACCUCAAGGCCAAGGCCUCAAUGGGCCGCAUUGAGAUCGGAUACCGUGAAUCAGCACUCGGCGCAUCUAACCCCAUAACCAAGAUCUUCGACAAAGAGGUCGCCGGUCGCAAGGGCAAAGCAGGCUGCAUGGCAGUAGUCGAGCCACUAGAUGAAGACGCCUCGCCCGAAGAAGUCGACCACGACACUCUCCUCGUCGAGACGUACGACGGCAACCAGAUCAUCAUCCGCGCCCCAGGUCUGCAGAUCGAACACUCGCACGAUGAAGGAACCAGCCCAUUCCUCCCGCCAGGAAUGGACCUAGUUACGUUCCGCACAGCCGUUCAAAACGGUGCCAUGGCAGCCCUUGCUCGUGGCCCGCAAUUCAUUUUCCCAAUGCAUAAUACCCAAGUCACACUCACCAUCGACCCAACUUCCCACCUGUUCGGCAAUGAGACAACAGCCUCUGCCCUCUCCGCCGCGGCAAGGCAAGCCACCGCCGCCGCGUUGAAGGAUGUGCAAGCUGGCGCCGGCACUACGAUGAUGGAGCCGGUGAUGAACGUGAUCAUCAGCGUGGACGAGGCCAGUCUCGGUUCUGUUGUGCACGAUAUUUCGUCUUCGCGUGGUGGACAUAUUAUUUCUCUCGAUGAGGAAGUACCUUUGCCAGGGACGGAUGCGUCGCCGACUUCUCAGUCUGCGCUUGAGGAAGAGCAGCUGCCUCCCAUUGAUCCGAACCGUGUUUAUGCGCCGCCGGACCCAUUCGAGACUCCUUCUGUUGGUGUUGAGAUCCCCGUCUCUACUGCUCGGCCGCGUACUAUCACUGCUAAGGUGCCGCUUAAGGAGAUGGUUGGGUACUUAAAGCAUCUGCGUAGUUUGACUGCCGGCCGAGGCACUUUUGUCAUGAGCGUUGAUCGGUUUGAAAACAUGUCUUCUCAGCGACAGAAGGCCGUUCUUGCGGAGUUGAGAGGCGGAUUCUGA